AUGCGCUCCCGGGAUGCAGCGCUAGGUAGCUCGACCCUUAGGUUCCACCAUUCGCGGUCGCUUGCCCGCGACAUCACGGUUCUCGCUCUCUCGUACGUCGUUUCCUCGCGUAGUCCGCGAUCGCGCUCCCCUUCUGUUCGCCCGCCCAUCCGCAAGUCGCUCCCGUCACCCUACCUUCCGCCCGUCACCGUCCCUUCCGCCCGUCACCCUCCCUUCCGCACGCCGCUCUCCCUUCCGCACGCCGCUCUCCCUUCCGCACGCCGCUCUCCCUUCCGCACGCCGCUCUCCCUUCCGCACGCCGCUCUCCCUUCCGCCCGUCGCCCACCCUUCCGCCCAUCGGACUCUCUUCCGCACGCCGCUCUCCCUUCCGCCCGUCGCCCUCCCUUCCGCCCAUCGGACUCUCUUCCGUCCGUCUCUCUCCCUUUCGUACGCCGCUCUCCCUCCCGCCCGUCGCCGUCCCUUCGUCCCGUCGCCCUGCCUCCCGCUCGUCCACUCGCAAUCCCUGUCUUCCUCUCUCCCCGUCGCCCUUGCCAUCCCUCCCGUCUCCCUUCCCGUUUCCUGUCACCUUUCCCUGCUUCCCCCCAUCCCCUUCCCUGCUUCCACCCAUGCACCUCCCUGCUUCCCCCCAUCCCCGUCCCUGCUCCCCCCCAUCCCAUUCCCUGCUUUCCCCCUUCCCAUUCCCUGCCUCCCCCCAUCCCAUUCCCUGCAUUCCCCCAUCCCCGUCCCUGCUUCCCCCCCUCCCCUACCCUGCUCCCCCCCUCCCCUUCCAUGCUUCCCCCGAUCGCCUUCCCAGCUUCCCUCCCCCCUUCCCCUUCCCUGCUUCCCCCCCUCCCCGUCCGUGCUUCCCCCCAUCCUCUUCCCUGCUUCCCCCCCUCCCCUUCCCUGCUCCCCCCCUCCACAUCCCUGCUUCCACCUACCCCUCUCCCUGCUUCCCCCCCUCCCCUUCCCUGCUUCCCCCAAUCCCCUUCCCUACUUUCCCCCAACCCCUUCCCUGCUUCCCCGUGUCCCCUUCCCUGCUUCCCCCCCUCCCCAUCCGUGCUUCCCCCCUUCCCCUUACCUGCUCCCCCCCAUGCCCUUCCCGGCUUCCACCCAUCCCUUUCCCUGCUUCCCCCCAUCCCUUUCCCUGCCACCCCCCCUCCCCUUCCCUGCUCCCCCCCUCCCCUUCCAUGGUUCCCCCUAUCCCCUUUUCCGCUUCCCCCCUUCCCCUUCCCUGCUGCCCCAUGUCCCCUUCCCUGCUUCCCCCCCUCCCCUUCCCUGCUAUCCCCUCAUCUCAUUCCCUGCUUUCCCCUCAUCUCCUUCCCUGCUUUCCCCUCAUCUCAUUCCCUGCUUUCCCCUCAACUCAUUCCCUGCUUUCCCCUCAUCUCAUUCCCUGCUUUCCCCUCAUCUCAUUCCCUGCUUUCCCUUCAUCUCAUUCCCUGCUUUCCCCUCAUCUCAUUCCCUGCUUUCCCCUCAUCUCAUUCCCUGCUUUCCCCUCAUCUCAUUCCCUGCUUUCCCCUCAUCUCAUUCCCUGCUUUCCCCUCAUCUCAUUCCCUGCUUUCCCCUCAUCUCCAGGUGUUGUCCACAUCCAUCAAAACCUGCUUGCCACCCAUACCAGGCUUGUGCACUGUCCUUCCUGCCAUGCUCAUACCCUUGCUCUCCACUCACCCCCUUGUUCUCCCUCGCCCCACUCCCCACCCAUCCGCCUGCGCAAAAGCAGAUCUAGGACUGGAUCCACCACGCCGCAGUGCACACGCACUGUUGCCGUCGUCCCUGCGUGUAAGGCGGGCUUGGGAGCUGCAACACCCAUCAGCCAACAACAAGUCAGGCAACUGUGCACGACAUGUCGCUGUGCACGGCACUCUGCAAGCACUUCGGCAGCGCCCUAUGGUGGCUACCUUAUGUACCUCAAUAAGACAGGGUUAG